AUGCAGGACACUUAACUAUCAGAAGUAAUCACAUAACUUGAUUGUAUAAAAAAGAAAAUUCACAAAAUUAAGACUCAUAAUGAAAAAUUUCAAAACAACAUAAAAUUGUGUCCAUUUCCUCCAGGAUUCCAUAAUUCAUCUCAAAAUCUGAGUCCCAUUAAGCUUCAGAUACCUAUUGCUUCAUCAAAUAGCAAAGACACAAUUUUGGAGGAACUAAUCUUAUGGGACUUUGAGGAUGAUUAUUCAGAUGAAUAAUUAUUCAGAAAUCUCUUUACUAUAGUAACAGAUCUAUUAGAAGAAAAAUACCCUACCAAAGUUGGAAAACUUAGCGCUUCGGAAGCACAAAAAAUUGUUGAUGACUGCCUAUCCUAGAUCAAAUAAGCAAUUGAAGAUCAUAAAAAAUUGAAAUAUGUAUCAGAUAUAUUGGUCUUUGAAUCGUAUAUUGAUAAAAACGAUUCAAUGAUCAAUUUAUAGAUAUCAACAUCUAAAUUCAUUGAAACUAUCUAAUGGGAUUUAGACAAUGCUCCUUAAUAUAUUGAUGAAUUUGUAUAUACUUAUUGUUAUGAAAAUAAAUUAGGUUAGGAAAAUAUUGUUUCAAUUGGAAAUUAAAUUAGAGAACAAAUAUAAAAAGCAUUCGAAAAAAGGUAUAAUUUAUUAUCAAAAUUCAUUUUGGAGGAUCGAUAAGAUUUUAAAUAGAAAUUGUUUUCACUCUUAGAUUAUCCUUCUUUUGAACCGUAUCAACCAAUAAAAGAAACACCUUAGAAUAAUGAACUGAAUUCAUUCUUUAAAAAAAACCUUGAAUUGUUGCCUCCUGAAUUACAAUUACUAUAUGGUCAAAGGCCAAUAAUUAAAUAAAUGAAUGACAUGUAUGUAGAUUAAGAAGACACAAAAAGGUUUGAAAAAGAACUUAAUUAGAAAUCUAAAUACUUUGAUAAUGUUAUAGUUUAGGACUUGCUCAAUAGAACUAAAUAAAGUUGA